AUGUACAUAGAUGUAGAUGUGUGCGGAUGGCGCGUUUCCUAUUUUUCCUCUUCAACUUUAACACUCGUGUGUGUUCAAAUUACAAAAGUGGCCAAAAUUCGACGAAAACAGCAGCGCAAGUGUGAUAAAGCCUUCGUGCCACAGCCGUUAGCAAAACGAACGAAAACAAAAGAGAAUAGUGUUGAUAGUACAACAAGCAUUGUUAGCAGUGGCAGUAGUACCACUAGCAGUAGCAGCAGCAGUAGUAGCAGCGGCGGCGGCGGCGGUGGAGGAGGCAGAGGCGGUAGCAGCAGCAGCAACAACAACAAACGAUCAAACGCCGGGGCGGGGGUGGGCCGGGGAACGGCCGAAAACGAAACACUACCAUCAGCUGCCGGCCGGUGUGCUUGUUCUACAACUGCCGCUGCUACUACUGCUACUGCUGCCGCUGCUGCGACUGCGACUGCAGCUAACAACGAAACCGAAACCGAAACUGUUACUAGAAUUUGCGGGUGGGGCGACGUUGGUGGUGGUGGUGGUGGAGGCAGCAGCAGCAGCGGCGGCAACAGCAACGACCAAAUCCAGCAGGAGCUAACAAAGGGCCAACUGAAUGCGACGCAUUUGUCUGCCUGUUUGCGCACCGUGCAAAAGCUUGCGAUUGAACUUGACAACGGCAACGACGACGACGUCGAGGUCGCUGCCGUCAUGUCAGAAACUGGCUGCCGGCAUUAUCAGAGCUACGUGAAGGAGCAUAGUUAUGACACAUUUCGGGUCAUCGAUGCGUAUUUCGCUGCCUGCGUGAACAAAGAUGCGCGUGAGAAGAAGUCCAUACACUGCAAUUGCUUCGAGUGUGGCAACUAUGGCAUUCAGCUUUAUGCCUGCCUGCAUUGCAUCUACUUCGGUUGUCGCGGUGCACACAUUACCAGCCAUUUGCGUGCCAAAAAGCAUAAUAUAGCUUUGGAGUUGUCGCAUGGCACCCUGUAUUGUUAUGGCUGUCGAGACUUCAUUUACGAUUCAAGGAGCCGCGAAUAUGCAGUAAUUAAUCGUAAAUUGGAGGCAAAAGACUUACAAAAGAGUCUGGGCUGGCAGCCCUGGGUACCUUCAGCCAAGGAGACGAAUCUAUUACUCGCCAACACGCGCAGACGAUUGGUACGACCGAAUCAAACAAUCGGAUUGAGAGGUCUUUUGAAUUUGGGUGCCACUUGUUUCAUGAAUUGCAUUGUACAGGCUCUGGUGCAUACUCCGCUACUCAGUGAUUAUUUCAUGUCAGAUCGUCAUGACUGCGGCAGCAAGUCCACGCACAAAUGUUUAGUCUGUGAAGUGUCGCGUCUUUUUCAGGAGUUUUAUUCCGGAUCACGUUCACCGUUGUCGCUGCAUCGUUUAUUGCAUUUAAUUUGGAAUCAUGCCAAGCAUCUGGCCGGCUAUGAGCAACAAGAUGCACACGAGUUCUUUAUUGCCACCUUGGAUGUAUUGCAUAGGCAUUGCGUGAAAGCCAAAUCGGAGCAUGAGAGCAAAAGUAAUAGUUCAAGUUCCUCGGGUGGCGGCAGCGGCGGUGGCGGCAGUGGUGGCGGUGGCAGCGGCGGUGGUAGUGGCGGCGGCAGCGGCAGCAGUGGAAGUGGCAGCAAUAACAAUUCAAGCAACUCAUCCUCAUCAUCGCAUUGUUAUGGUCAAUGCAAUUGCAUUAUCGAUCAGAUAUUUACGGGUAUGCUGCAGAGUGAUGUUGUUUGUCAGGCUUGCAAUGGCGUUUCAACCACAUUUGAUCCCUUCUGGGAUAUCUCAUUGGAUCUCGGCGAGACCACAUCGCAUGGUGGUGUUACGCCAAAGACCCUAAUUGAUUGCCUUGAACGUUACACGCGAGCCGAACAUUUGGGUUCGGCGGCUAAAAUCAAAUGUUCCACAUGUAAAUCGUAUCAGGAAUCAACGAAACAAUUUAGCCUGCGUACCCUGCCCAGCGUUGUGUCAUUUCAUUUGAAGCGUUUCGAACAUUCGGCGCUGAUUGAUCGGAAAAUUUCCUCAUUUAUACAAUUUCCGGUGGAAUUCGAUAUGACGCCGUUCAUGUCGGAAAAAAAUAAUUCCUAUGGUGAUUUUCGUUUCUCGCUCUAUGCGGUGGUCAAUCAUGUCGGUACCAUCGAUACCGGACACUACACGGCCUAUGUGAGGCAUCAGAAGGAUACGUGGGUUAAAUGCGAUGAUCAUGUGAUAACGAUGGCAUCGCUUAAACAGGUGCUUGAUAGCGAGGGUUAUUUAUUGUUCUAUCAUAAAAAUGUGCUGGAGUACGAGUGAAGACAACCAUAAUGGAAGACACAAGACCGAGAAGACGAUAAAGAAUAUGGAUACGCAAAAGUAGAAGGAGGAAAAAUAAGCUAACUGAUCAGCCGACAAAACAUCCAUAGAGACUGUAUUCCCCCACGCACCACCCCCACCCCCCACUCCACACACACACACACACACACAUGCGCACAGACACAUUUACACACACACACACACGCAACGUUUAGACAGAAACGCCAACGCA